CCAGUUCACAAGUUAGAGACGAGAAUUUAAAGUGUUAAAACGUGUCAAGCACAUAAAGUUUGAUCAAAAUCUGUUGUGAAGUUCGGUUUAGUGUUAAAGUGUGAAACAAGUAAUUUAAGUUUCUCGUUAUAAUAAAUAAAGUAUUUAUUGUGUUAUAAGAGUUAUUGAAUCAUUAGAAUUAACUGUCGAGAGCCCCAUAAAUGAGCCACAUAAAUGACAAACCAGGGAUACCUAUUCAGCUUUCAUGAAAGUACAGAAAAAAAUGCAUAAUUAAAACGAUGUAAUUAUAGACAUUUAAAAAAUGAUAUCAAGUUUCGUUAAACAAUCUUUUGUACAAAUUUGUUUAUUUUACAUACUUAUUUUGAAAAUUGUAGUAAGUUGUGAUAAAUUAGAUGCUCGUGUUUCAUUAAAAGUGCAAGGAACGGGAUUUCAUAGAGAUUUAAUAUAUCAAGUACAUAUCGAUCAAUUUAUAGAAGAAUGUUACGUAGCCAUUUAUUUACAACUUCCAUCUGCUUUAUAUGCUAAUGUUAAUGAAUUGACUAAUUUAAGAAGACUUGGAAUUAUUUCACAAUUUCAGAGUACAGCAUGUGUUAAUGGAGAGGCUGACAUCGAGUUAUUUGCUGAGGAAGCACAGACACAAACUGUAACCAUUUGCUCGAAUUUGAGUCGUGCAGAAUGUGCUUUAAAAGUUUCAAUACAUCAACGUUAUCAACAUGCCAACGAUAGUAAUAAAUACAUGAACAUUACUUUACCAAACCCAACGCUAUUAUUAGGUUGUAAAAAAAGAAUUAAGGAUUAUAGAGUUUCUAAACUUGAUUUGUGUUCUCCAUGCGUAGAGAUUGUACCUAAAUGGAGAGAGAUUCCAUAUAUCAUGGAUAAGGAAAACGUAUGGACAAUACCAGUUGGUGAAACAACUAUGUUACUUGUAGUAACUUCUAUCACAUUUUCAUUAACUAUUUUAUGUACACUAUGUCUUAUACAAACAAUUUGGAAAUCUAUGUCAGAACAUAUUAAAACUCAGUAACAUGUUUUAAAUAAACUUGUUUGCUUAAUAUAAUCAUUAAUCAUCAUUAUAUAUAUAUAUAUAUAAUUAUAUAUAUAUAUAUAUAUA